CAGAAACCUGGUCAAGGUGCUCUGGGCUCUUGGACAAAGCAAAACAAAACAAAAAACUUGUACAUGCGCAAAUACCGCUGCGAAAUCCAAAGCCACGUUAUUAUUUUGAGCCGAUACCAGGCAGAUGAGCACAGCUACACCAUGAGCACCUAGCUAGCUAUGCAUAGAGCUAUGCAUACUCGCUAGCUCCUUUGGCCAGUUUUCUUUCUCACAAAAUCAUCCAUCGACACCAAAAAAUUGAAUAACUAUGCCUCUCCCUUCCAUCCUCGAAGAACCACUCGUUCCAGAAUUCUGCAAGGAAACCUCGACCAACGAAAAGAAUCAUACCUGGCAAGGAAGAAUCCUUGUAAUUGAGGCAGACAGGCCCAAUUUGGCCGUUGCCAUCAUGGACCCUCCCCUCCUGGCUCUCGAUGAGGUUUUCCCUCCCUCCGACAAUGACGAGGAGCCAGGAGAAGAUGAGAGUACCGCCAGUUGGGACAACUGUGAUGAUAGCACGCAAGACCGGGAACACAUUGUUGCUCUUCUUCUGUGACGCGGGCGGUAUCCGCCCAAACUUGUUACCACUAGCUACUAGUUCUGGCCCAGUGAUAUAGCUCGACAAAGGGGCCAAUGCUCAGCUCAUGUACAUUAACACCAAAUCUUUGAUGUUUCAUCAUUCAUAGUACCAAAUCAUAGAUAGCUUUGCCCACUCUCCUUUCUUUCAUCUUACUUUUUGAACACUGCUAGCUAGGUACAGUCGAAGUUCAUUGGGCAGCACAUGGAUUGGUUUCUCAAUUCCUGCGGUUGUUGUUCCCUCCUUCGUCCUUCCCGAGUCCCAAUUUAGCAACUUGCAGCUUCAUCCCGCUUGCAGAUUGCAGAUCCUUGCUGCCCUUGGUGGAGCUGCCUCCCUGGACUCUCAUUUUUACCAUUGUGACGCACCAUGUCUCGUGCCACCAAGAAGCAGAAGAUCCAGGUAUCUAUCUCCCCACUGUCAUUGACGAUGACACCGACACACCCAUCCUUGGUGACUUCCUUCCCAGCAGCUCUAGUACGGUAGCUAGCUAGCUAGUAGAGUACUGAAGUUUCUUCCGAGCCACUGAAAAGAAUCCCUAGCUAAUGCUACACGGGACUCGUGACAGAUUGACGGGUACUCAAGGCAAUA